GCCACCGCUGACUCUGGAAAACAGAGUGAUCGCAAGACUUGCCAGGUUUCUCGUGACGGCUCGCUUGCCAACAGAUCUCACCGCCACAUGCAUUAUCAUCCUUCCUUCAAGCGGCCUCACUUCGCUUGUAUAUUUCUCUCUUGCUACUUUCUUCCUCUUUAACCGAGCACUAGGAACAUAUUUUUGGCCGUUAGGCGCCCUUCGUCUGAAUCUGAAUAUAUCUAAUUUUGCUUCCUCACUUUCUGGCCUGAUCUUUCUCUCGAAAGUUUCUGGGUUUUAGCUUCUCGCCCAAACUCCACGCUGGUGCUAUCGAAUAUCAAAGAUACACUAACUCUCCGUUGUAAAGCAGAGAUACACACUGUAGGAUUUUGAUUGUGCGGUUAACUUAACAAUGGAUUCCGCUUGCGCGAUUCUAAAUGCCAAUGCCAGUCUGGUCAAAACUAGCAAAGCAGUCCACUGUAAAACAGGCACUCGUACUGGGUUCUGGGGUGAGACUACAAGGGGAAGUCUGAAUGGCAGACUUUCAUCUCUUCAAUUCCAGAAGAGGUCAAGAACCGAUAUGACUGGUACAAAGUCGAAGCCUGGCGUUACGUACUCUGUUCUUACCCCAGACAUCAACAAAGAGGCGGCCGUGGUGUACGAGCCACCCAAAGUCGAGACUUCAGAGGCAAACCCAGAAAAGGUAGCCUCCAUCAUAUUAGGCGGAGGUGCUGGAACUCGCCUUUUUCCUCUUACCGGCAGAAGAGCCAAGCCAGCGGUUCCAAUCGGAGGGUGUUACAGACUUAUAGAUAUCCCGAUGAGCAAUUGCAUCAACAGUGGCAUAAAAAAGAUAUUCAUUUUAACGCAGUUCAACUCUUUCUCCCUUAAUCGCCACUUGUCUCGCACUUACGGUAAUGGCGUGAACUUUGGAGAUGGCUUUGUGGAGGUCCUGGCUGCGACUCAAACACCUGGAGAAGCAGGGAAGAAAUGGUUCCAAGGGACAGCUGAUGCCGUGAGGCAAUUUAUUUGGGUUUUUGAGGAUGCCAAGAAUAAGAAUGUUGAGCAUAUAUUGAUACUUUCUGGCGAUCAUCUUUACCGAAUGAACUAUAUGGACUUUGUGCAGAGACAUAUAGACACAAAAGCUGAUAUCACAGUAUCUUGUGUACCUAUGGAUAAUAGCCGUGCAUCAGAUUAUGGGCUGAUGAAAAUUGAUCCGACAGGAAGAAUUGUUCAGUUUGCGGAGAAACCCAAGGGCUCAAAUCUAAAGGCAAUGCAAGUUGACACCACCGUCCUUGGAUUAUCUGCACAAGAAGCGGAAAAAUACCCUUACAUUGCAUCAAUGGGUGUUUAUGUCUUUAGAACUGAGACCUUAUUGAAACUAUUGAGAUGGAGCUUUCCUUCAUGCAAUGACUUCGGAUCUGAAAUUAUCCCUUCCGCUGUGAAGGACCACAAUGUCCAAGCAUAUUUGUUUAAUGACUACUGGGAAGACAUUGGAACUAUAAAGUCCUUCUUUGAUGCUAAUCUGGCCCUGACAGAACAGCCUCCCAAGUUUGAAUUUUAUGAUCCAAAGACGCCUUUCUUCACUUCUCCAAGAUUCCUACCACCCACUAAAGUUGAAAAUUGCAAGAUUGUGAAUGCAAUUAUUUCUCACGGCUGCUUCUUGAGGGACUGUAGUGUUCAACAUUCUGUUGUUGGCGUGCGCUCACGUUUAGAAUCUGCGGUGGAACUUCAGGAUACCAUGAUGAUGGGUGCAGAUUAUUAUCAAACCGAGUCUGAAAUUACAUCUCAGUUGGCAAAAGGGAAGGUUCCAAUUGGUGUUGGAGAGAACACUAAAAUCAGGAAUUGUAUAAUCGACAAGAACGCCCGGAUUGGAAGAAAUGUGAUUAUUGCCAAUAAGGACGGAGUUCAAGAAGCCGACAGGACUAAGGAAGGAUUCUACAUUAGGUCUGGCAUUACGGUCGUACUGAAGAACGCAACAAUAAAAGACGGAACAGUCAUAUAAAUCAUUCAGAGGCGUCUUCAUUGAAUGGUCCGAUGACUGAAGCUUCUGCGUUUAAUUUGCAGACAUAAAUCUAGGAAAAAGCAACAAGAGCAUACAACACAUUUGCUCGCUUGUAUAUUACGAUUUACGUUACAUGAAAUUGAACUUGCUUGUUUCUUACUAGAAUAAUAAAUUCUUUUUCUACGA